CGGGGCGUCGUGAGCGCCAGCUGAGGUAGCUGCGCGAUGAAUAGUAAACAAACUAGUAUUCACACAACAAAGCACUCGUAAACUGCAGCUAAUAAGUUUAAAAUUUUCUCGCCAACACCUGCAGAGUGGACGGUUCAAGUAAAAACGUUUGUCAUUAGCGUUUAUACACGAUGCAGUUUCCGUUCACUGUCGCUUCUUUUGUGGUCGAAGAUUCUUUUUUAAACUUCGUCACUUUGGAUUGAAGCUGUGCCCCCGGCGUCUGACUCUACUGUCAGGUCCCGCGAAAGCUCAGCAACUUUCGACGUCUUAUUUCUCAAGAAAAACAUCCUGCAACAUCAACUUUAAUUAUGUGGUACAGCGUUACGUCGCGACUGCCCUGCCGAGCUGCGGCAGCGGGAUACCGCCUUUGUCAGACCACGGCAGCAAAGCCCGAGUGCGGCUCGCGACAGCCGCGACUGUACGGGCAGCCGACGGCAGCCACGCAUCCGCACCUACUUCGCGAAGACGAGCUUACUCCUGGCCUGACGCGCCAAGAGUUCGCAGACAGGCGGCACAAGCUCAUCGAUGAUAUUUUCCAGUUGUGUGCCAUCUCUGGGUCGCCGGGAACCAGGACGACAAAGAACCACGCAGUUGUCGUCCUCUCAGCAACCAAGGCGUACAUGUCUGACAAGAUACCCUAUCCAUUUCGUCAGAACUCGGACUUCUUGUACCUAACUGGCUUUCAAGAACCAGACAGUGCCCUGGUGAUUCACGCAAGCACGGAUCAGCAAGAACCAAAGUCGGUCAUGUUCGUUCCACAGCGGGAUGUACAUGCAGAGCUUUGGGACGGGCCAUGUGCUGGUCCUCAUGGGGCUGUAGAUCUUCUGGGUGUAGACGCUGCUUACGAAAUGGGGGAGCUUGAAAGCUAUGUUGGAAAGUUGCUGAAAGCCAAGUACCCUACAACCCUCUGGUAUGACAAUGCACCCAGUCGACCCAAAGCAAGUGGUGUCCUCAGGCAGCUUGCCGACAGUUACAAGAGCAAUGUGGCUGUGGAGUCCCCUCGUUUACUCAUCCAGAAGAUGCGACUGAUCAAGUCGGAGGCGGAACAGCAGCUCAUGAAGCAAACCUGCCAGGUGGCAUGCGAAGCCAUGACUGAGGUGAUGCGAGCAUCUCACACGGGUGUGACGGAAGCACAGUUGCACUCAAAAAUGGAGUUUGAGUGCCGCAUACGUGGUGCCCAACGACUUGCUUAUCCACCAGUUGUUGCUGGAGGCACACGGGCAAACAUCAUUCACUACGUGGCCAACGACCAGCGUGUGCUGGGUGGUGAACUUGUGCUAAUGGAUGGAGGAUGUGAACUUCAUGGCUACACCAGCGACUUGACACGAACAUGGCCCGUAAAUGGCCAGUUUGAGUCCGGCCAGCGGGAGUUAUACGAACUGCUCUGGGAUGUCCAGCAGCUACUGCUGCGAAAAUUAGAAGGGCCAAUGUCACUUGACGCCCUGUUUCACGUCAUGUGUGCCCAACUCGGACAUCGGCUACGUGAAGCUGGCAUUCUGUCACCACACACUCCAGACACCGAGCUUGUGCAGGAAGCCCACAAACUGUGUCCACACCAUGUGGGCCACUACUUGGGUAUGGAUGUACACGAUACGCCCCUUAUUCCUCGCAGCCUGCGUCUUGCUCCAGGUUCUGUGCUCACUGUGGAGCCAGGUAUCUACAUACCAGAGAGCAACACUAAAGUCGCGGAAAAAUUUCGUGGAAUGGGCAUGCGCAUAGAAGAUGACGUACUCAUGACCAGCAGCGGACCACAAGUGCUGACUGAGGGUUGUGCCCGUGAACCAGACCUGCUAGAGAAACUUUCGAGUGGUUUCCCCUCUUCCGAGGCGAAGGGAUGAGCGCGGCAUUCAAGACUCUUUUGAGGUGUGUCUGCUCUGGGAAGAUGCCCAGUAGGACUCGUAGAAUUUGACGGACUCUGGAGAGAUACGUGGCUGGACAAGUUUCAGCGCAGCUUCCAGGUGCCGACCCUCGACACACGUGGCAUUGAUGUCUUCCUCCAGGGCGAGCAGCGCUGCUUCUUGGCAUACAGCCACGACCUGUUGAGUGACACAUUCACAUUCACUUGCCGAACAUUCACCUGUGCCAGUGUACCGUUUUUAGGCUAGGACAAAGACUACAGAACUGCCCCUUAGUUAUGAAGCAAAAGUGUUGUCAUAGAGGGAGCAUCGAUGUGUUAACAGGAAAGGCGGUGCAACAGUUAUUCAAAAAGAGCACGCCAAAACGCAGUGAGCUGCAGCAGAGACUGUGGGCGGAUAGUGUGACAAUCGCCGUGCCAACGUCUUCCACCAGCAGCCCCGAGUAGGGCCUUUUACAAAUGCACUAGCGGUGUCCUUGGUAGCUGAUGUUAUUGCCAAACUUAGGCAUGUGUAAUUUACCAUAUGGAAGCUACCUUAUUUAGCUGUUGGCAGAGAUGUGCACCAUUCAAGCAUAAAAGAAGUAUGCCUAAAGGUGCUUUUAUCCUUCCUAUUGUGCAACUUGACAAUGUAUUGCAACAGGUGUGGCAGGAGUCAAAGGUAUGGUAGCACUUUUUCAGUGUCUGGGAGUUGAUCAGACGCAUAGUGCCAAAUGCUGCCACAAAAGCUUUACCCUGUGCUUCAGCUAGUGGCCAGAUUAAUUGUAGAGUGUAUCUUCAGCACAUCUUCAAAUUUUAGUAUACUGCUUCUCCAUGUUCUCAUACUGUGCCUUUUAAAAAAACUGCAUUUUUGCAAAGGAAUAAAGGCGACAUUUUUUCAGGC